CGUGGAGAGAAGUUGACAUUGACUUUACGUCAACUCUCAAUGUGGCCGAACAGCCGAAAAAAUCAAAAUUAAUUCAUGAAAUAAAUGUUACUUAGGUCCUUUUGAAAAGUUAAGCGAGAUUUCGACCGCAAAAUUUUUUUGUGUGUGUAUAUAUAAAAAAGUUUCUGAAGCAAUUACAAAUAUAACUGUCAGUCGAGUCGAUAAGUGCGAUUUGCAGAAAAACAAAAUAAUAUCGUUUGUUUGUGAACAGUGAAUUAUUUUUUCUUGCAAUAGUUUUCUUUAUUAAUGAAUACUUUCCUACUGUAAAAUGGAGAGUAAACCUGAACUGCAGCAGCAGCCCAAUUCGGGUGGAUUACUUCCCCCGCCUCCGCCGCCACCAGAUAUGCUUCUCGUUGGAAGUGGUCCGACAUGGCCACCAGGGCUUGGUGGUCCACCAAUAAUGGCCACAGGUCCACCCCCUUCCCUAAUGGGCCCCCCUCCGGUUUCGCUUAUGGGGCCACCUCCUUCCAACCAUGGAAGUGUACCACCAGGAAGUGAAGAUGCAAACAAAAACCCUCCCCCAUUGAUGUCACUGAAUGUUGGAAAUCCGGCAGAAUCAGAGGCGGUCAUCAAAAAACCCUCCGAACUGGUUUUGCCAAAAGCUUUGGAAGAUGUAUUGGCUCUAAAGACGCUUAGAGCUAAAGAGUUGGGUGCGGAAGAAGCAUUGGCCACUACAGGUGCAGUUGUUCCAACAGUACCCUUGCUUCCUCCACCACCAGCGGGUGUUAUGAGCUCUUAUUUGGACAUGGAUGGUGACUCAGAUGACGAGAAUUUGGAUGGUUUGGUACCACCGCCACCGGUCAUCUCGAAAGCGGAAGGAAGGUUGGACCGCAACCGCCGCAGAAAACAGCGAAAGAAGGAGAAUCGAAAGGCUAGAAGAGAACAGCAAGCCAUCGUAUUGCAGCAGCGUGAGAAGGAUAAGGAAGGAGGAAGUGUCAAGGAACUGACCAGCAAAGAACGUCCAGUAGAAAAAGAAAAAGAGGUCGUGGGGGUAGAAGCGGAUGGUGAGGAUGAGGAUGGAGAGUCCGUGAAAAAAGACACUGAAAAGAGUAAGGAUGAUAAGAAAGAGAAUGGGGAGGAUAAACCUAAAGAUAAAGGGAAAAACAAAGAAAGUAAAAAACGAAAUGAGAAAAGCACCGGAACAUUAAUUGAAGACGAGUUGGACAAUGUAGAAAUUGAAUAUGUUCCGGAGAAGGUGACCAUAGCAGAUCUUGCUCCAAUGUAUCGUCAGUUUUAUCGAGUUUUCGAAAUCUUUAAACUAGAGUCGAAACCAAAAGAGCCUACCAAGGCAGAAAUUGCGGAAAACGAGAAAGCCACAGCAGCUAAGAAGGCAAACGAAAAAGACGACGACGACGAUGAUGACGAAGAUGAUGCCAUGGAUGAAGAAGAGAAGGACGAAAGAGAGAGGAUUUCCAAACGAAAAAUGAAGAAGCUCACCAGAUUGAGUGUGGCUGAACUGAAGCAACUGGUAGCCCGACCAGAUGUCGUUGAGAUGCAUGAUGUGACUGCACGAGAUCCCAAGUUGUUAAUUCAACUAAAAUCGCAUCGGAAUACGGUCCAAGUUCCAAGACAUUGGUGUUUCAAGCGAAAGUAUCUUCAAGGAAAACGCGGUAUUGAAAAGCCCCCAUUCGAACUACCAGCAUUUAUUAAAAAGACCGGAAUCAUGGAAAUGCGAGCAUCGCUGCAGGAAAAGGACGAAUCGAAGACGCUGAAGGCGAAGAUGCGUGAGAGGGCUAGACCGAAAAUGGGUAAAAUCGACAUUGACUACCAGAAGUUGCACGAUGCGUUCUUCAAAUGGCAAACCAAGCCACGCAUGACGAUCCACGGAGAUCUGUACUAUGAAGGAAAGGAGUUUGAGACUCGCCUGAAGGAAAAGAAACCGGGAGACCUGUCGGAGGAGCUGCGUGUGGCUCUGGGAAUGCCUAUUGGUCCUGCUUGUCACAAAAUUCCGCCUCCUUGGUUGAUCGCUCAGCAGCGCUAUGGUCCCCCGCCCAGCUAUCCGAAUCUGAGAAUCCCGGGUUUGAAUGCUCCUAUUCCGGAGGGCUGCUCGUUCGGUUACCAUGCAGGGGGCUGGGGUAAACCACCGGUCGAUGAAAAUGGCAAACCGUUGUACGGAGAUGUGUUUGGCAUGAGUGCCAGCGAGAAUGAUAACGGUCUGGGCGAAGAGGAAGUCGAUCGCACCCAAUGGGGUGAACUGGAAUCAGAAUCAGAAGAGUCAUCUGAAGAAGAGGAAGAAGAUGGAGAGGAUUUGGGUGCUCCACCAGACGAGAGUGGUCUUAUAACACCAGCAGAGGGAUUAGUCACACCAUCGGGUCUGACAAGUGGAGUACCGGCCGGAAUGGAAACACCGGACACCAUUGAGCUGCGCAAGAAGAAAAUAGAAAGUGAAAUGGAGGACAACGAGACACCGGUACUGUAUCAAAUCCUACAAGAGAAACGCGCCGAACGUAUUGGUGCCUCCAUGAUGGGAUCAACCCAUGUUUAUGAUCUGGCGGGAGCUGCUGCUGCGGCCGCAGCCAGUGGUUCUCGUGGGGCCCGUGGUGGGCCAGUCGAUCGCGAAGGCAUGGUUGAACUGGCUCUGGACCCGUCCGAGCUGGACCUGGACAAUGAAGCCAUGGCCCAGCGAUACGAACAACAGAUGCGCGAGCAGCAAAGUCAUCUACAGAAGGAAGAUCUUUCCGAUAUGUUAGCCGAGCACGUUGCAAGACAAAAAUCCAAACGAAAACGCCAACAAACGGACACCACCAGUAAGCAGACCAAGAAGUAUAAGGAAUUCAAGUUCUAAAAUGGUGGGAUUUCGAUGGAAUACGUUGCAGGUAAGGAGUUCUUAAAUAUCAAACAUUUAUAUAUUUCCCCAUGUAGGGUCAAUAAAAUCUUAUUGAUAGCGGGCUAGAUGGAAAAUAGCAAA